AUGGACCUAGGGGGUCGAUUUGUGUCACAGGUCAGUAGACAACUCUUUCAACCUCAAGGGACCGUGCUUACCGCUUUCCCUCAGCUGUGUGCAUUCUGGGCGGCCGUCAAGACAGCGUCACUGCGCGCUAUCCAGCACACAGCGCAGGUCAUCGAUGGUCUGCAUGCAUUCUGGACGGCCGUCAAGACAGUGUCGCUGCGCGCGGUCAUUGGUGGUAUGGGGCAAUGCGGAGAGGGAAAGGAUACAAGGAGAGUGUGGGAUGGAGUAAUCGGCACGGGAGAGGAGCGGGAUGGAUCAAGAAGACAUUCUGUCAAGCGAGAAGCGGUGUUGGCUGGUCUGGGCAGAGCGGGACAGGCUAGGUGGUGUUCUGUCGAGCGUUCUGCGGUGACCAACGCACCUAUAGCACUUCUACGAGGAAUGCGUCAGAAUCACAUUGGCAUCGUGUGCAUGUUACUCACCGUCGCCUCAAACGGUGGCUCUGGUGUGCUCAACGUCAGCGCUGUCGACUACAAAGCUCACCGUCUGCCCGAACACGUCAUCCAAGCCCAAAGAUGA